GGCCUGGUAGCGGCCGCGGCAUGGCGCGCCGCGCCGCCCGCGCCCGCGCCUGCUGUUCACACACACCAUGACCGACCUGCAGGCCACAUUCGAGUUCUCCGUCGAACUUUACAAGUUCUACAAUGUCGACCUCUUUCAGAGAGGACUAUACCAAGUGCGCGUGGGCCUUCGCGUAUCUCCGAAGGUCCCAGUGCACAUUGAAGCGUCAGUGUCAAGCGGCAAUGGCGCCGCCCGCACCGGCCGACCAGCCGCCAACGCGUCGCUCAUCGGUGGCCUGGCUGCGUCCCGCGCCUUCCAGAUCAUGUACCGCAAUGAGGAGGUCACUCUACGGGACAUCGUGCAUUUUAGAGCUCAUCUUUUAGUGGACAGUCGGAGUCUCAAGGAGUCGCUGGAACGGGCAGAAUGGAGUCUUGGAGUGGAGCUAUGGUGCAGCGAGGGGGCACAGUCCAGUACCCUGGCACCCGUGUCCUGUCGGGUGCUGAAGCUGCACUUCCAGCCUGCGCAAGGACUGCACUACCACCUGCCCGUCCUAUUCGACUACUUCCAUCUGUCAUCAGUGUCCAUCACCAUCCAUGCGAGCCUUGUUGCUUUACAUCAGCCUUAUAUCAAGAAAAGUAUCAUGCAUUAUGUGCAAAGCUGCACUCCUCGCUCAAGUAAACAAUGGGGCAAACUGAUGAAGAGUGCUGGAUCCAACUUCAACACGUCUGGAAGCUUCGAGAAUGUACUCUUUGGCUCAACCGGCAAAUGCGCCGGGGGCAACUCUAGCAAGAUCGCGCAUGCUAGGCAAGUCCACGCCGAAGUGUGCGGGAUCCUGUUAGGGUCUCUGGAAGGGCUACAGAGUGCUCUAGCGAUAUGUGGCUCUCCAGGCAUCCUGCUUACUCCUGAGGAGUCAUCGUCCAACUCCGUGGUUGGAGAAGUCGCGCAAAGAAUAAAGGACCUUAGCGACUUUGGGAAGACAUUCCAGAAGUCGGAAUGCGGCGAGGAGGAGUGGGCGAUGAGCGCGGCGCACGACAUCGCGCGGCUGUGCGCGGAGGUGACGCUGCGCUGGCGCGCCUUCCUGCACCACACCUCCGACCGCCCGCACGUGCACCACGCGCUCGCCGCCAGGCAUCAUGCGCUACGCAUCAAGCGUUUCUCCGAAUGCUUCUUCGUGCUGGACAACCCUCGGCACUCGCUGGCUGGUUGCUACGACAGCAACUACCAGUCGUACCAGAGCGUCGGCGAGGUGGCGCGAAGAUCUCGCUACUUGGCACUGCUGCCGCCGCUGCCGGUGCACUGCAUCGCGUUGGAUGGAGACCCGCAUAUCAUGCCUAUUAUAUUUGAAGACAGAUAUCAAGACACAGCAGAAUUUGCGCGACGGCGAUCAUUCCUGAAUUCAAGUGCUAGUAAAUCUGGAAGCGAUCCAUUCCUCUGUUCGGAGCCUCUUGGAGACGACUGUGCCUGUAGUGUUAGUUCUCUUAUGGACUCCAGAAGACCGUCAUCAGAAGCAUCCAGAGUUACUCUCACAUUACCCAAAACCAUUAUGGACGUUCUUGAACCGCAAUUCAAUGCACCUAAAUCCAGUUCUAGUGUCGUGCAAGCAACUCUGACUUUAGCUCCCCAGAAAUCAGCCCGCGGAUCACCCAAACGAGCUUUAGUGAAACAAAAUGUAGUUGAACUUCCAAAAGCACAUAACAAACAACUCGAGCUUACUGGAAGAAAUAGGUACAUCGUGCAAAACAAUCAAAUUAGCGAGAUUCAACUUCCACCGAACAAUGCAUUCGCCUCAUGCCCGAUACAACAAGGACAGCAAAUGUCUCGAUACUCCGCAUCAACUCUGCUUGAUAUGAAUUCGGCAAAAAGUGCUUCAAACGUGUCGCGUCUAGGAAAAGAGCAAUCAGAACCAGGGCUAGAAGUUUUUCGACAAAAACAUGAGAUCACUAGCGGUGUGAGUACUCUACCAGCUAGGCACAGCAAAUCUCUCGACCAGUUGAGAGUGUCGCAGAUGACACCGCUCAACACUGCUCAAACAUUGACAAAGACUGUGCGAAAUGGUUCUAAUGCUUCUGUCAACUACCCAAAACCAUAUCUACCGCCGCAACAAGUGAAGCCAACAACAUUGCCUAGAAGCGUCACUACUAGUGCUUAUCCAACGAAUACAACGACUAGAUGCAGUUCCAAAGGAGAUGACUAUAGGAGAAAUAUAAGUGAAUUUAGAGAAAAAUACAAAAAUCCUUGUAUUAAAAACGUUGGGCAUGGAGUGAACAAUGAAGUGUUCCAUAAUGUAGGAUACAAUUACGACGGUGGAAUGAAAUCUAAUCCUAACCAAGUUUACGGCUAUACUUUCGGUAAUCAGGGUAAUCUGCAAGUAAACAAUGUUAUUCGUAAUCCGUUAGAAUUUCAAAGAGGCUACAGUGUAAAUUUACCCCGUCCUAUGUUGCCUCCACGUAAUUCUUACCCACCGGUUAGUGGUAAAAAUCAAGUGACUGAUCAAAAUAACUUAGUUUCUAAUAAGCACGUACAUAGAUCUAACUCUACGCAUGUGUUUCAUCAAAAAGUGGAAAAUCAACAAAUUGACAUUGAAGCUGCUCGUAAUCAACUCAGGCAUGAGCUCAAUUAUUAUCUGCAAAAAGGGGACUGGAGUUACGAUUUCAAUACGGGAAGUUUAAUCCAAAACUAUCAAAAGAAAUCGAGUAAAAGUAGUGACGACAGUGGAUUUGUUAUGACUUUAGAUAGAAGCAGCGAUGGAACAUCAAAAUCAACAUAUUCAAAGACACCCCCGUCUACCCCUCAUUCAACGAUGCCAUCUGUGAGGCAUAAGAAAAGUAGAUCCAAAGAAUCAAAACUAAAUCAAAGUGGGAAAGAGAAUACUAAAAUGAACUCUAGUAGAGAUUCAUUGAGCAGUCAUCAUUCCAUUAAAUCACGAGAUAGUAAAUCAGAUCGGCAUACAUCAAAGUCUGAACGUAGUACUCCAAAAUCGGACCGCGCAACGCCACGUUCUGGAAAGUCUACGCCCAAGUCCGGUGGAUUUACUCCAAAGUCAGGUCUGUCUACACCUAAAUCCGGCCGAGCCACUCCUAAAUCCGGUGCAACAACGCCAAAAAGUGGAAGGUCGAGUGGUAAACCAGAGAAACGUACAAAACACAAACCAUCAGAGAAGAUGACUCAACUGAUGUCAGAAGCGGCAUCAUCAUCAAGCAACGAAAGUAUACCUUUUGAGUUAAGAAGAUUGGAGUCUUCUACAAGUGUUCCGUACAGUCUCGACCACGGGCCAGAAUUGUUACGACACUGCAGAAGUGCUGCAUCAGUCUUAGAUGAACCUAACAUGAAUAAUACAUUUGGGUCUGAAUCUUUGCCCAAUUUAGCUCCACCACCAGCUUUUGAGUCACCGCCUCUUGAUAUAGCGGACAAAGACUUCAAAAUAUUACCUCCUAAAAACUUUUUGAAUAAAGAAGAAAAACGACGUAGAAGCACAUCGACGUCUAGUCUGAGUGAGCAAAGUGGCUGGGUAUCUAGUGGACGCAGUUCGGGGCCCUCUUCUCCAGAUAAUGCAAGUUGUCAAUUAAACCAGAAUUUCGCCGCUGGAAAACCAGCUGCACCUAAACCUACUGGUACAACAAAUAAAAACUACGAAGGACCGACCGAUCCUCGUAAACCCGAUGGUGAACCUAUCAGUGACUUUAAGCGAACAGUUCUUAAUGGAGAGCAGUUACGAGAACGACUCUUAAAGUUAGCUGUCAAGGUAGCCCAGAAUACUUCCAAUGAGAAGAUAGAAUGCUGUGAUAAGGAAGUGUGUGAAGAAUGCACCAUAUGUAGUGACUCCAUAUGCACCGAUAGCCAAUGCGAAUAUAAUAAACUAAUGCACAGUAAUGGCAUAGAUGCGGGAUGCAACUCUGAUACUUGUACGGCAAGUUGUUUCCAACAAAUGGCUGAAGUUAAUGCAGUAAAAGGAAAUCAAAGACAUAAUUCUUUUAGCGCUGUACAAGGGAAGACGUAUAGUUCAUCUUCAAAAAGUCUGAAUGAAGGCACGGUGAAAAAGUCUCAAACAAUUAGUGACAAUCUACAUCCUUACAUAAGGAAAGAAAUGCCUCAAAAGCCACAACCGGCACCUGCGAAGUCUCAAUCACUAGACAAAUCUAAAUUGAAAGACAGAAUACAAUACACUGAAAAGUUAAUCGCGGCUGAGAUACGAAGUUUAACGGUGGAUCGAUCUUGCGUCAAACCUUCAAGCCAUAAGAAAGGUGGUUCAUCAGGAAAAUACUCUAACAAAGCUAAAUCUGAAAUUGAUUUAGCCCACUUUGUUGGCGACAAUGACUAUGAGCAUUUACCUCCACCACAACAGUUUAGAGACGCUCCACCUCCACCAGAUGAAUUUAAGGAUCCUCCAACUAAAUCACCGAAGCUGAGUAGACAGAGCAGCAAAUCGUCUACUCCUUCGAAGACGCCGAGGAAACAGCAACAGCAGACGUCUUCUCUUCAGUUAGAUAACCCAUUAUACCAUGUGUGCGAAGGUAUAAUGGAGAGGCGCAAGUUGAGGCCGCAUCAGUCGGUCAAUUCGGGCAGUGCGCCCUCUGGUGGUACGCUUAAUAAAAGUCAGAGCACUGGGGAGCUGGCCAGCAGAAACGAUACUGAACAACGAGAAAGCAAUCUCAUCAGUAUAUUCGGCUUGGCGGAAUCUGAAAGGUUAUUCGUGAAAUGCAGAGAAGAGUUCAGGCAAAGUGUCAAAUAUCCGGGAGCCAUCUACUCUGACUUCCCGCCUGUUGAAAAUUCGCUGCCCUACUUCCAUAUCAGUGAUGAAUAUAGGAUGUUUAAUCCUGAAGGGCUCCACCUUAUCAUCUGCGUUCACGGCCUAGACGGCAACGCGGCAGAUCUUCGCCUGGUAAAGACGUACCUAGAACUGGGUCUACCUGGGGCAAGGCUAGAUUUCCUCAUGUCCGAGAGGAACCAGGGCGACACUUUCUCUGACUUCGACACCAUGACGGAUAGGCUCGUGCAAGAGAUUCUGACCCACAUUCAGAAUUCGAGCGACCCAGCUCGGAUAAGCUUCGUGGGCCAUUCUCUCGGUACCAUCAUCAUCCGCUCAGCCCUCGCGAGGCCACAGAUGAAGCCCUACUUAGGGAAACUUCAUACCUUCCUCUCGUUGAGUGGACCUCAUCUUGGGACGCUGUAUAACUCUAGCGGAUUAGUUAAUGCUGGCAUGUGGUUCAUGCAGAAAUGGAAGAAGUCGGGUUCGUUACUGCAGCUGUCUCUCCGCGACGCGUCGGAUCCUCGGCGUUCGUUCCUCUACCGUCUGAGCGAGAGGAGCCAACUGCACCAGUUCAAACAUAUCCUCCUUUGCGGCUCCGGGCAGGACCGAUAUGUUCCUCUGCAUUCGGCGAGGUUGGAGCUCUGUAAAGCUGCUGCUAAGGAUACCUCGCUGUUGGGGCAAGCUUACAGAGAAAUGGUCCACAACAUGGUAUCACCCCUAGCGGCUCGUGCAUCAUCAGUGUCGGUAGUGCGGUACGACGUGCAGCACGCGUUACCGCACACCGCGAGUGCGUUAGUCGGCCGCGCCGCGCACAUCGCCGCGCUCGACUCCGAUCUAUUCAUCGAGAAGUUUCUACUGGUUUCCGCGCUCAAAUAUUUCCGAUAAAACUACUUUUGAAAUAACUUAAGUUUGGUACAGCUCCCGUCACACAUGUGUGUCCCUAACUCCCCAUGAAUACCUCAGGAGUGCGCGGUAAUGUUAUGGUCUUAUGUUUCGACUGUUCGCAGCCACUAGUAGUUACUAGGUACGGUGCAACAAAGUUAUUUGACUUGUGCAGUAGUAGUACGAUGCACCUAUCGUAUCGGUAUCACCUCUAGCGGCUCGUGCAUCAUCAGUGUCAGUCGUACGGUACGACGUGCAGCACGCAUUACCGCACACAGCCAGCGCGUUAGGCCUCGGCCUCGA